UUUAAGGCGCUCAAUGGAGCUAUAAUCCUCGACAAAGCCCGCGGGAGCGGUGAUGAGCGACGUUACGCCGCGCGAGGAAGCUUGAGGUACGUCGUCGCGCGGAACCUGGCCUGGCGCGGCGGAUUGAAAUUUGAAGGUUAACCGGCGUGCGAAGGUAAAGGUUAACCGGCUUCUACGAGCACGAUGAUCGAGACGGACAAGAAGGGCUGCCGGGAACUGCUGAUGCGGCGGAUGACCUUGGCCGUCAUCACGAGUGUAUUGCUGCAACUGUUUCUCGUCUGUUGCCUCGUCCUGCUCACGAAUGCGAGCACGGACUUUGCGCGUUGGUUCGACGAGACGUGGAGCACCGUGAUGUCGCCACGGAUGUGGGUUUACUUCAUCGUCCUCGCCAUGGUGACAGUCCUGCAGGGUUUUCUCUGCAGCAAGAGUUACCUGCAUCCUCCGCCGUACUACAAGAGCAGAUUUGUCAAGCUGUGUAUGACCCUCAUGAUUCAGAGCUUGCUUCUGCGAGCGUUAUAUAUUGUUAUCGGUGGUAUUCUGGUCUGGCUACACUUGUCGUUGAAGAGAGGAAGCUACAGCUCGACUGCAGACUGCAGCGUCAUACGUGGAACGUGCACGAUGGAAGAGUACUAUUUCCUGCUGUUCAGCGGCUUGUGGAGUGGAUUAUACUUUUCAAUCAAGACUGGCGAUUCUGCUAGGAAAUAUUUCCGAUUUCCUAUUAUAGCGCAAUCUAAAUUCUUCCAACUGAGACAAAGAAUUUACACCAUGUUCCCGACAUUGAUAAUUUCCUCCAUGUGGUCAACUCUGUAUUAUAUGGCUGUUUAUUAUUUCAUGGGUUCGUAUUACCGUGAAGCAUUGUUAUCUAUGAUUUCUAUGCAGGUAGAAGUCAAGCCUUUGGACACUGUGGCUAAAUUGCUAAAUCUGUCACUGAUAUUGCAACUGUGGCUUCAUCAAUUUAUAUUCAUAUUGAUUAUCAGCAGUACGCACACGAUAUUUGAAAUAUACCUGACCGAAUGGGCGCCAUUUAAAUUUGGCUUGAGUGGCGCGUACACUCCUGAUAGUUCAGAAAUGACUCUUAUUGAUGUACUAUCAAUGGACAAGAUACCGAUAAUGCAGCACUUGGGUUACUUGGACCUGGUCACCUUAGCCCAAAAGGAGAAAAUGAGAAGGGGUACAUUGUUCACGCUCAGUCAGCCGGGUGGUCAUCCAUACAACUGGAACUGUGUGGUGCAAAAGUGUACAGAUCUUCUCAAAAAGUUCUCGUCGGACCUCAAUGCAAUAUCUGCAAAAUCUCAAGAUCAAACAACCUGUUACAGCACGUUGACAGCAAGAUUACCACCAGGUCAGCAAAGCCAAUAUAUGUACCACAUGCGGAAAUUAGUACCGGACGUAGCACCAACGUUAAUAGCGGAAGCAGAUGCAAGGGAAGCUCCUUACAGCGGUUCGUUUAUUCAAAAGUUUUUGAAGCAGAAAAAAGAAGCUGUUGUAACUUAUUUAUUUUCUAAGCCACUCAUCAGUUACAUCUUUGGCGAGCAAGAUGACAAUAAGAUUCGUUAUGCUUUACACAACGGGCAAAUGGUGAUUUGGGCAGCCGAAGCAAUUUCAUCUUUAACCGUCUUUUCGUUGAGUGAAGAUUCUUAUGGUAUUGUACAAAAGGAUGUGCCAAUCAUCAUCAACACUCUGCUGUCAGUGAAGCAGGCUCUGGACAAACUUCAAAAGUCAGCUGUGUUAGCAAGAAAAAUGCAAGCGGAUGAUAAAUUGAUUAGGGAGGUUUUUACGUCUUUACGAAGUGCGAUCAAGCGUAGUCUAUAUAGAAUUGUUACAAACUUUGAAUCGUAUAUCAAGGACUUGUCUCUUGAACCUUCGACGCUAGAACAAUUGCACGGGUUUCUUUAUUAUAAGGAAUAAUUAUAAAUAUUUAUAUUGUCACAAAGUGAACGUAUGUGAUCCAUCGGAUUUUGAAUCUGACAAAAAAACAUUGCAUUUUAAGUUUCUUGCGAUUGAACGACUACUUUUUUCAAUGAUCAUCUAUGUAUUAAGUUUAUGUAUAAGUUUAUUAAUAGUUAUGUAAAAAUAUUAACGCAACAUAUUUUUCAAUAUUAUAAUACUUUAUUUUAUAAGAUAUCAGUGUGUAGAUAAUUCUAUUUGCUUCGUCAAUAGCACAUUCCCAACUAAACGAUCGCAUGUAACAUUAAUCGUAAUGAUAUUGGAAUUAAAUCUCCAAUAUACAUGAAAGCAACAAAAGGAUAAUUCAUUCGAAAUGUAAAACAGUAUCAGUUUAUUGACUAUCCAUGGUUUACUGUUUUGUUAAAGAAAUUAUUAUGUACACUUGUUUAUCAAAUUGUUAAACCAAUCAUCACACAAAUGGCAUAUCUGAUACUAUAAUGUGAUAUUAUUUUGUUACUAUUAUUAACGAGAUAUAAAUUUUCGACACUAUGUAACGGAAAUCGACUUAUUUUGUAAGGUUGAAAUCUGAGCUUGUUCGUAAAUUGCAAGCGGCAUAAGAUUGCGAAAUUCUUCUUACGUUCUAGGAACAACUCGCUGCAUUUAUAUUUUAUAAUUGAUGCAAUUAGGAUUAUUAAUGAAACGGAAAAGUGUUGAAACAAUACGUGAUGCUUGGCUAGUUUCAACAUGCGAUCGCUUGUGCUUCCAGGCUUCCGCGGAAUAUUUCUAAUUUUCAAAAUCGAGCAUAAAUUUUUUGAUUGUGCGUGCCAAGUUCGCAACGUAUUGUUUAAAAAUUUCAGAUAACUCAUGCCUUUACUACGCAGGGCCUCCGCAACCGCCUAAAGUACUUUUCUAGAAAUAAGCGAAAAAAUUGUUACAAUGUAUAGUGUAUAAAAUAAAUGGAAAAGUCAGUAAUACAAA